AGCUUGUUUUGCUCUUCUGAUUUCUUCAAAUUUGAGUUGCAAUCUAUGUUUAUGGUACUAUCAUUAGUUGGUCCACUUUAUGCAAACGUAUAUCAUCGUAGUCUCUCAGGGAGUAUUCUGAACGUUUCCACUGUUCAUUUGAAUGGCAUUUGACACCUCAUAUGACAUUAUCUAUCGAACCUGGACACCCUGCAUUAAGCGGAGAGUACAGCAUUCCCCGAGGGUGUCCGCUUAAUACAGGUUUCACUGUAAGCAGCAAAAAAUUCACAUUUGCUCAGUCAAAACGGUUUCCUCCAAAGCAUAAUCCACUUGUCAGAGGAAACAAUUCAUAAGAACAAGCAACAUUUUGGCGUGAAGUAAAAGUCGUGUGUUUACAUUAUAUUAGCACAAUUGAAUAAUACUCAUCAAUCAAGUAUUGUUUGUUGUUGUUGUUGUUUUUAAUCUUAUUUUUGCUCUAUUUCUGUUUUUGUUCAUUUAUCACUAUUUUAAAAAAACUGUCCAUAUGCGGACCCGGUCCAUGACAGGGGGUCCAUGGACCCCUGGUCCAUGUUUUGUCCUCACCCGCUGUACAAAUACCGGCCGCCCGCUUCCCUAACGACAUAAAUACAGCCUCCUCUUCAGGCGCUUCGUUUUUCGCAUGGCAGAGGCGCGAAACAAGUGACUGGUGAUGAACCGCAAGGGACCAUGGGAAGGGUAGAGACGGCAGGCGAAUUGUGUAUGUCUAACAUGCAAUUCGCGAUUCGUGCGAUAUCGGUUUUCACGUGCAAUUUAACGUGAAAUUCCCUGUGGAAAGCUUUCCAAGAUGUCAGAACAGCGCUGUUAAUUAACUUCAGCAACUAUGCUAGGUAGAAGGGGUAGUAGAAACACGGUAUUUUGCCUUCUUUUUGCCAUCCCGACAUUCUUCGUUUUUAGUUGGAACAGCUUCUUGUGGUUUACACUUUGCCCCAUUUUCACAGCGUUGCGAAGGCUGUUUUAAUUCGGAAGGGAAGAGAGAGAACGAACCAGCAAACGAAAGCGGCAAGGCUGAACUAGAAAAGACAGAAAACAAAGGAAGAACAUUUGAACUUAAAACCACGCUCAUUACAAACACCACCUGUUCACAGCAUUAUUUCCUCCUCAUACUGGUAUCGUCAGCUCCUUCAAAUUUCCAAAGAAGAAAAGAUAUCCGCAGAACUUGGGGAGUCGACACCGCUUUAGCACCUCGAUGGAAGACAGUUUUUCUUGUCGCUCAAUCAAGGGCGAAAGAAACGACCGAAUCACUGUUGAGAGAACACAGUUCUUACAGAGAUCUAUUGCAAGGCAACUACAUCGACCACUACUGGAAUCAAACUCUUAAGAUUCAAAUGGGCUUUGAAUGGUCUGUAAGGUAUUGCAAUUUCACUUUUCUGUUAAAAAUGGACGACGAUACUUUUGUGCAUACGAAAAGGCUGAUUUCCGUUUUGAACACGUUUUCUUCAGAACAGCUGUACUUGGGAAUGCUUUGGGAAAAGCCAAUGGUAAAAAGAGGCAAAGAAAAAUGGACAAUUAGUUAUGAAGAAUACAACAAAACGCUAUACCCAGAUUUUUGCCCUGGUUUUGGGUUUGUCUUAACCUUCGAUGUUGUUAAUACGUUCGUCGAUUUGUUUGACGAUGUCCGGCUCUUUAGAUUUGAUGAUGUUUAUGUUGGCAUGCUUGCAGAGAGAGCAGGUGUGAACGGUACUUUUCACCCUGGUUUCAGACAAGAUCCCUCGCCGCCAAAAGUCUCUUGUAGUCUAGAUGAAACAGUUUUCGUGUGGCAUGAUAUAACCGGAGACUGUCUGUUGAAACUUUUUGAAGACACGUUUUAA